CCCCCUCACCCCUGCGCGCACUGCUCCACAUUGAGUUCAGCCCCUUCGGCUGGAGGCUCGGGUUUAUCUGGAAGCAAAGAGAAAGCCAUUUGGGAGCUCUGUGCCGUGCGGUGAAGAAAGGCUCCGUUGCUGCGGACGCUGGGGGGGAGUGAGAGAGGACCGGGAACCGGGGAUUUGACCUUUUCCGUAUAAACUCUGGUUUGUGAGGGCGAACGGAGCAGCCAUGGCGGUGUUCUCUGCGCUUUGGGUGCUCUUACUGUGCCAGCUUUUGACAUCAUCCUCAGCCCAGAGGCCAGGCCCCAGAGGAUCUGCUGGACCACCAGGACCUCCAGGGGAUGCAGGAAAAGAUGGCACUGAUGGCAAACCUGGACCUGCUGGACUGCCAGGGAAAGCAGGUCCCAAAGGGAAAGCAGGAAUACCAGGGGUAGCAGGAAAACCAGGCCUGCCAGGACUUCCAGGGGUGGAUGGUUUGACAGGUCCUGAUGGUCCUGCUGGGAAGGAUGGCCCCGCAGGGGAAGCAGGUGACGCUGGACCUGCUGGGCCACCUGGAUCUCCUGGCAGAGGGAGACCAGGAGCUGCAGGCUUACCUGGAACUAACGGGUUGCCAGGCGGGGUUGGACCCCAGGGUCCAGCGGGUGCUGAGGGUCUUGCAGGACUUCCUGGACCUCCUGGCCCUGAUGGACCACCAGGUCUUCCUGGCACUCUUCAUGACCUGAGCGGUGACCUUCUGUGUCCUGCUAUCUGCCCCUCUGGUCCCUCUGGUCCCUCUGGGAUGCCAGGAUUCAAGGGUCACACAGGGCAUAAAGGAGACAAGGGAGAGCUUGGAAAAAAUGGAGAGAAGGGUGACUCUGGUCCACCUGGACCACCAGGAUUUCCUGGCACUGUGGGUCUGCAGGGCCCACGUGGUCUCAGGGGAUUACAAGGCCCAAUGGGAUCUGUAGGAGACAGAGGCCUGUCUGGUUUCAGGGGCAAACAUGGCAUUGCCGGCAUCAUUGGAAAGACAGGUGAUGCAGGAGAAAAAGGACCACAGGGAUUCAGAGGACCCAAAGGAGAAAUUGGUAAAAUUGGUCCCAAAGGAGGUCCUGGAGGAGCUGGACCCAAAGGGGAGCCUGGUAUUCCUGGCAGAGAUGGCAAAGACGGCACACCAGGAUUAGACGGCGAGAAGGGUGAUGCUGGACGCCAUGGGGUAGUUGGUGAGAAAGGACCAAAUGGACUUCCUGGUCUACAAGGAAAGGCUGGUGCAAAGGGGUCUAAAGGAGGAGUUGGUGAUCCAGGAAAAACUGGGGAGACAGGACCCUCUGGAGAGCCAGGUAUUCCUGGUGACAUCGGCAUCCCAGGAGAGAGGGGGAUAGCAGGACCCAGAGGAGUGGCUGGAGGUAUCGGACCAGCGGGUAAUGCUGGGCCCCAGGGAGUGAAAGGCUUCCAGGGGGUAAAAGGAGCCUUGGGGGAUCCAGGUCUUCCAGGUCCAACAGGAAUCCGUGGGGAGUUUGGUGAAAGGGGCCCACUUGGAGCUUCUGGAGCUAAAGGAGAUAUGGGUGUGGCAGGAAGUGAUGGUUUACCAGGAGAGAACGGAGAACCUGGACAUUUUGGACCAGUUGGACAAAAAGGAGAGGCAGGAAAGCGGGGUGAACUGGGGCCUAAGGGCGUUACAGGUCCACAAGGAGAACUUGGGGCAAGAGGACCUCCAGGAAAACAAGGAGUAAUGGGCUUCCAAGGGGAGCAGGGUUUGCCUGGAAUUGCAGGAAAGACAGGUGUACCCGGUAAACUGGUGAGUGAGCAGCACAUCAGAGAGCUGUGUGGCUCAAUGAUCGAUGACCAAAUUGCACAGCUGGCGGCUAACCUUCGAAGACCCCUGGCACCUGGAAUGGUGGGUCGCCCCGGCCCCGCAGGGCCUCAAGGAAAGCCAGGAGUUUCUGGCUCUAUUGGGCAUCCAGGUUCCCGUGGACCACCAGGGUACAGAGGCCUGCCAGGAGAGCUUGGAGACCCAGGCUCCAGAGGUGAUGUUGGUGAGCAAGGUGAUAAGGGAACUAUUGGCAAAGCUGUUGAUGGUCCCACUGGAGACCAAGGACAUCAAGGUCUUCCUGGAGUAGCUGGAAUUGUCAAAGAUGGGCGUGAUGGAUCUCCAGGAGAUCCGGGUGAGCCUGGAGAGUCAGGCAGGGUAGGUAGGACUGGGCACCAGGGACCUCCUGGAAUCUGUGACACAACAGCUUGCCAGGGAGCAGCGGCCGCUGGAAAAUCCUCCAACCCCAAAAACCAUUAA